UUAUGCCAUCAAGCUGUGAAUAGACACCGUAUUGUUGCUGAAACUGGAAUACUGCCACGACACCUCUUGUCAAAAUACUUAAGCUGCAAAGAAGGAACAUACUCCAGAAUAAACAACGUCAAUACAAGGGUGCGCUGAAGGAUGGUAUUGGCGGUGUGUAACAGAUCAUUGUUUAUUAGAUGAAUUCCAUUGGCCUGACCUACCUACUGAAGAUGGGAUGUGUCUGCGGGAGAGAAAGUCUCCGAAUCAAUGACAGGCGCUUCAUUGUACGCUCCAGGCUUGGAGAAGGAGGAUUCAGCUACGUUGACCUAAUUGAAGAUGCACGAUCACACAGAACAUAUGCUCUGAAGCGGAUCACAUGUCACUCCAAGGACGAGGAGAGGACGGCUAUGCAGGAGGUGGAAUUGAUGAAGACAUUCAAACACACGAACCUCAUCCCUCUGGAGGUGUCCACUAUGGUACAGGUGGACAAGUACACCAAGACACUGGAUAUCAUCAGUGAGGUCCUCAUCGUAAUGCCUUGCUAUAGUAAAGGAUCAGCUCAGGAUAUUAUGGAGAGACUGGUGAAGAAGUCUGACAAAUUACCAGAGCAGAGGAUAUGGGAGAUUUUCCUCGGCCUGUGUCAGGGCCUGAAAGUUAUGCACAAGCACAACCCUCCAUAUGCACACAGGGAUAUCAAGCCAGCCAAUGUGAUGCUGUCAGAUGACGGACAAGCAAUUUUGAUGGAUCUCGGUUCAGCGGCCAAAGCCAGAGUGGAAAUCAGUACGCCCUCUAUAGGGAGAGCACUACAGGAUGAAGCAGCAGAGAGAUGUUCCAUGUUAUACAGAGCACCGGAACUCUUUAAUGCGGAGGUGGGAACAACUGUGGAUGAACGGACAGACAUCUGGUCAUUGGGCUGUACCCUGUAUGCACUGGCAUUCCUUGAGUCUCCGUUUGACCGAGCCUACCAGAGAGGGGACAGUAUUGCCUUGGCUGUACUUAGUGGAAAUGUCAAGUUUCCAGAAAAUUCAGGAUAUUCCGGCGGGAUACAGGAGAUAAUAUUACGGUUGAUGAAGCCAAGUGCUGCUGAGCGCCCAUUUAUAGAUGAAGUCCUUCAACUGGUGCAGACAAAUGCUUACUCGUCUGAUAACCGAGUAUGACCCAUCUUUACAUCUGUAUACAUAGUUGUGUUCAGCGAGUCAGGUUAUAUUAGUAUAUUUAUCCAGCAAUAAGCCCAUGCCUGGUAAUAAGCCCACCCAAAUUUAUUGGAGUUCAUUCAAAAUGCCAAUAAAUGCUACAUGUAUUUCAUUAUCUUGUUAUAAGCCCAUAGGUCAGUGUUAUAAGUCUAUGCUAGUUUUGAGUGAAAGAUUACAUGUUUAGCCCUGGGCCUAUUGCAGGCUAUAUAAGGUACUAAAACAUUCUCUUCAGUAAAACCUGUUUCUUUUACAAAUUUUUAGUCAUACAGUUUGUAAUAUAUGUAUGUGGUGAUAAAACAUAAAAAAAUACAUUCAAACACUAAAAACUGUUUAUUAAAUGUUAAAUUGGUUUUGAUGUCAGGACUUACCAGUGUGAACUGCAGCUCAAAAUUGGACCAACUGUGCAAUAUCUAGUGUCAGGUUACACAUGUAUUUACUUCUGAUUCCUUGGGGCAUGAUAACGAGUGUCAAUAUAAACUUGUGACAUAUGUACCAUGUAAACUUAUCUUCGGGGACCAGAAUAUUAAUCCACAAAAGACAAAAUUUGUUUACGAAACAAAUUUUGCUCUAUACUGUUAAUUAAAGCUAAAUAGGUAUUUUGCUGGAAUUUUCGGAUGUUAUAGCCUUUUAUUUGCCUGAUUUGUAAGUUGGUUAUGAAUGUGUUUUACUGGACCAACAAAGACUUACUCACUCUAUCAAUGAGUAAGACCAAAUCUGAUAUCUGUACAUGUGGUAAAUUUAGCAAACUGCUUUAUAUUAUUCCGGUUUUUAGGAAAUGUCAGUCAGUUAAACAGAUGUUUCAAUAUGUACAUGUAUAGCACUAAAUAUCAGAAUAAUAAUGACCAAUAUGAUCUUUUAUCACUUUGGGG